AUGGGAAUGCUCGAGAUUUUGAACGACAUAUAUGCCAAUCCUGCCAAAGUCGGGGCUAGAGACUUGGUUGAUUGGUUCAUGACCAAUGGUGGUAAGGAGCCGAGACGUAGGUAUCAAGCUGAAGUGGUCAACCAUUUCUGCCACUCAGGCGAGCUUCGAGAACUGCAGUCUAACAGCGCCAAUCUCUUGUUGACGAAAUCUUGCCUUGUCGACGACAGAAUCAGCAAUGGUACAGUUUCAGUCGAGCUUGGUCAACGGAAGUCUCUGGUACCCCACGAAAUGUAUUCUAGGCUCGUGGAAAAGAGGUUCCACGAGCCACCAUCUAACGGUGGUUCUCAAAGACCCAACGUGGACCGCAGACUUGUGUUUAUCAUAAACCCAGAUAGCCAUGCCUUGGUUAGUGUGAUGGCCACGGCUCCUAGGUAUCAAAAGAAUGCUUUGAUACACUUUCUUUACUCCUACAUUGCUUCUCGGCCUUACAUAGGAGUCCAAUCCAAGCCUCAAGGCCUUGUUACAUAUGAGCUCUCAUUCCAUCUGCCAUUUUACUCGUGGAAAUUGACCCAACGUGAGCCUCGGGACACACGGCUCAGACGAGACGGUAGUCCCCUGAGAAAGGUUCAGGAUAUGAGCUGUCUUCGAGGCAACUCUCCAAUAACCACCGCGAUGGAUUACCUCUGUCAAGCGCAAAUUGCAGUAUGCAUUACACCCAUAGGUGAAGGGGUUUGGACCGGCUACUGCUUUGUCGAUACAUACUUCCAAUCUGAAGACGAGAGACAAUGCGUAGAGGACUAUUGUGAUAGAGGGGUUCAGCUUGAUCACUUUACCACCGGUAAACACGAAGCGGAUCUUCCGAUUCUCGAUCCCGACGACUACUUCCUAACUUCUCUGGAAUGCCAACUACUCGUUUUCAAAGACGAAUGGAUGAACACGGCACAGAUGUUCAGACAGAAAGUGGAAACAUAUGUCGAUGAAUUUGACUUUGCAUUGGCUAGCAAAGAAUCGCAACAGCCGCUGGCAUGGCUCCGGCACGCAAGACGUAAGUUGACCGAACUGGUGGUGUGCUUGGAGACAACCAUUGACUGUUGGGAUAACUUCACUUACCCAGACCAUAUGCAAACACGCUAUGGACGCCAAUCAAUGGUGUCUAUUGAGCAGACUUUCGCGGAGGUUAAGAACUGCUUGAAGGAACUGUACAAAGUCCGCACGCUUUGUGACGAGCAUGAAAGAACAGUAAGGCAGUCCUAA